GGACUCGCGGUGGCAGUACCACGGACUUGGCUCCGCGGCCGAGGAGCGCGAGCUGCCGCCUGCUAACCCGGCUUAUGGGCACGGGAGAAGAGGGUGAAAGAAGACAAGCUAAACACCAAGGGACCUCCAGCGUCUGGGUCCGCCUGUUUCCUUUAAAAUAAUUUCGAUGAAAAAAACCUCCAUUACUGUGUUGUUGGCAAUUUGUGCCGCGUAUGGAGUUGUUUUCCGCAUAGCCCUGACAAACAAAGGAAAAGGGGGAGGGGGACUGCGUUUCGUAGAAGACAUGCGUUCAGUCAGGAAGAGAUGGACUGUAUGCACUAUAAGCCUCCUCCUCAUCUUUUACAAGACGAAAGAAAUAGCGCGGAGCGAGGACCGUCAGGAGGCAACUCUCGCAGGAGAUGGUGAACUGAGCUUGAGUAGAUCAAUGAUCAAUAGUUCCGAUAAGAUAAUUCGAAAGGGCAGCUCUUCAGUCUUCCAGCAUGCUGUAGAAGGUUGGAAAAUCAAUUCUUCUUUGGUACUGGAAAUAAGAAAGAAUAUUCUUCGAUUUUUGGAUGCUGAAAGAGAUGUCUCAGUGAUUAAAAGCAGCUUCAAGCCAGGAGAUGUAAUCCAUUAUGUACUGGACAGACGCCGCACCCUAAACAUUUCUCAGGACUUGCACAGUCUUCUUCCUGAAGUUUCCCCAAUGAAGAAUCGCAGAUUUAAAACCUGUGCAGUUGUUGGGAAUUCUGGCAUCCUUCUGGACAGUGGAUGUGGCAAAGAGAUUGAUGGCCAUGACUUUGUAAUAAGGUGCAAUCUAGCCCCUGUGGUGGAGUUUGCUGCCGAUGUGGGAACUAAAUCUGAUUUUAUUACCAUGAACCCAUCAGUUGUACAAAGAGCAUUUGGAGGCUUUCGGAAGGAAAGUGACAAAGAAAAAUUUGUGCGUAGACUAUCCAUGCUGAAUGACAGUGUCCUUUGGAUCCCUGCUUUCAUGGUAAAAGGUGGAGAGAAACAUGUGGAGUGGGUUAAUGCAUUAAUCCUUAAGAAUAAAUUGAAAGUGCAAACAGCCUAUCCAUCACUGAGACUUAUUCAUGCUGUCAGAGGCUAUUGGCUGACAAACAAGGUCCACAUAAAACGACCCAGCACUGGUCUUCUUAUGUAUACACUUGCCACCAGAUUUUGUGAUGAAAUACACCUGUAUGGAUUCUGGCCAUUCCCAAAGGAUUUACAUGGAAAACCAGUCAAAUAUCAUUAUUAUGAUGAUCUGAAGUAUCGCUACUUUUCUAACUCCAGUCCUCAUAGGAUGCCAUUAGAGUUUAAAACGUUGUAUGUCUUACAUAACAGAGGAGCACUGAAAUUAACAACGGGGACAUGCAUAAAGCAGUGAAACACCUGCAAAAUACAGUAAGAAGUACAGGAUACAGACUUCAUCACAAAGAUGCUGUGGAAUGGCAAUGUGGAAUGGGAUAUGUUUCCAUAUCCUCUAAGCCACUGGAAAAAGGAAUUUUACCAGAAGUACAUAACCAGCUGUUAGACCUGCAAAGUGCUCUGUAACUAAGUUAACUUGGUUGCAAGGGCUCGAGUAAGUGCCACUUUCUCUAGAACAAAGCUUGAAUGUAUACUCAGUAGUGUUUACAGGAUCCAGUGACAAAUUUAUCAUGAAUUAAAGAAGAAAGAUUAGAGCCUGCUGAAUUGCCAUUGUGGUCAGCCCACAAAGAAAUCCUCACUGGACGUAUAUUUUUGUGAGCAAAUUGAAAUCAAGGGUUUGACAAGAAAGGUCAUGAUGGAAUUGAGCAGAGAAAGUGAAGUCCAUAAGACCAAACAAAUCAGUUAAUACCUUCAGUCAGAGGACUCUUUCUGAUCUUGUAUUAUAACCUCAGCUU